GUCAAGUCGAGGUAACGCGUGUCUCGUUUCUAAAUUCUAAAAGAAAAGAGAUAGUCUUCUGUCAAGUGGCUAGACAUUGGUCGAUGCGAUCUUUGAAACUGCUGUUCCACGAACGCGCUCCGAUCGUCGAACGGAAAGUAACCUAAUCGUCGUCAUUUUGGUCGCGCACGAGACCUAACCUAACCUAACCUAAAUCGCGGAGGGAUAGCGGCGGUUGAUCGCGCUGCAGAUCCCUGCGAGAAUCGCUUCGACGCGCAUGGUCCGCGCGAACAAAACGUCGUGUUGUCGCACCGAUGCAGUAUCGCUCGUGAACGUCGCACGCGGCGAGCUUGGUCGCUCGUUUCACCGUAUUCUCUCGUUCGCGCGGCGCCAUCUUGGGAAAACGCUUGCUUUUCGCAUUUCGAAUAGCUAGGUGUGAGAUGUCGACAGUCAACGAGAGUCUCGCGCGCGCCGAUUUUUCCAAGCGUCCCGGCGUUUCCACGAGAAACGAAGAGAGACGAGGAUAGCAUAAGAGACAAACGGCCGGUACGAAGUGCGAGAAAAAGGUCGGCCGAGGUGUAACGACACAGCGUGAUCCGCGCGUAUUUUCAAGUCGCAAGUUUCGAAAUAACGUCGGCAAAACGGCAGCGGGAAAAAAGUCGUCGAAGAAGAUGGCGGAGAACGAGGAACUGGAGAAUAUGAUAUUGAGUUUUCGAGUGUCUGAGCUUCAGAUGCUUCUUGGUUUCGCUGGUAGAAAUAAGUCUGGUAGAAAGAACGAGCUGCAAGCACGUGCACUGGAGCUGUUACACUUGAGGUCACAUCCAGCAAUUCGACUAAAAAUACGUGAACUCUAUAAGACAAUACAGCAAGAUCAAAUGGCAACACAUCAAAUGUAUGGUCAAACUGGUAGUUCUACUGAGCCACAAAUAGAUCAAACAAUGCACAACAGAAAUUAUUAUUCGACAAGGCAAGCGAUGAGCCAACAACAACAAUCUCAGGCAUCUGUUUCUGCUGGAAAAGAACUGACUCCGGCUCAUCAAGCUUCUAUACCUCAAGCACCUAGGACCAAUCCAGUAUAUCCAUCAUCCGGUUACACUAAUGUAACAGCACAGCGUGCACCAAGUGCAGGAUAUGCAUAUUCGCCAUAUCCACCCAAAGUCUUACCGUCGCCUCUACAAAUGCAACCUACCACACAAUAUCCAGUUCAUCCAGAUGUCAGAUUGAAGAAACUUCCAUUUUUCGAUUUGUUAGGAGAAUUAUUGAAGCCCUCUAGUUUAAUGCCACAGGGUUCGUUGAGACUGCAAGAGAAUACUUUUAUGUUCCAUCUAACCCCGCGACAAGCGACAGACAUUGCCAGCUCGCGCGACUGUAGAGCCGGUAGCAAAAUGGAUUACAUUGUACAGGUACAAAUGCGAUUCUGCUUGCAAGAGACGUCGUGCGAACAAGAGGACUAUUUCCCUCCAAAUAUCACAGUAAAGGUCAAUGGGAAAUUAUGUCCAUUGCCUAAUCCCAUACCUACUAAUAAACCGGGUGUAGAGCCGAAGAGACCACCACGACCUGUAAAUAUCAGUCCUUUAGUGAAGCUGUCGCCUACCGUCGGCAACGAAAUACGCGUCUCAUGGUCGGCCGAUUAUGGCAGGCGAUUUGCAGUGGCAAUAUACCUUGUCCGAAAAUUAUCCAGCGUGGAAUUACUUAAUAGAUUAAAAAAUAGGGGCGCCAGACACUCGGAUUACACCAGGGGCUUAAUUAAGGAAAAAUUGAACGAGGAUGCGGAUAGCGAGAUCGCUACCACAUCGUUGAGAGUGUCGUUAGCUUGUCCUUUGGGAAAAAUGAGGAUGUGCACACCGUGUCGCGCAUCAACGUGCUCUCAUCUUCAGUGUUUCGACGCUUCAUUGUUCCUUCAAAUGAACGAGCGCAAGCCCACCUGGAAUUGUCCAGUCUGCGAUAAGCCGGCGCUAUACGAUAAUCUCGUGAUCGACGGGUACUUCCAAGAAGUGCUGAACUCGAACAAGUUAUUGCCAGACGUGAACGAGAUUCAGUUGCUACAGGAUGGUUCGUGGGAGAAUCUAGUGCUGAAGAAAGAGAAGGAUAAGGACAAGGAGAAGAAUGAGGCGAAAGCUGCGGCCGACUCGCGGGACGAUAAGAUCGAUGUGGAUACAGUAGAUUUAGACGAAACUAAUCCUACCACACCCGCACCAAAGGAGAAGAAACGCGCAGUUGUGAUCGACCUGAUAUCGGAUAGCGAAGAUGACGACGAGGACAACAUACCGACUCAAAGUACAAAGAAACAAACCACUAGUAGCAUUUCGUCGCCAAAGAAAUCGCAGACCAGCUCGAUCAGUAGUACAAGCGAAUCACCCGAAUUAAUGAUCAUUGAUUUAGAAUAAAGGAUUGUGUGAUAUAUACCAAUCGUGACGAGAACUUUCUACCGAAAUUUGUUGCCUGCUCUUUGAGCGCACAGUGAGAACGCUUCAUCCGUUUAUCGACGUUCCAUUGAAACCAAGAAGUGGAAACUUGAAACCGGUACAGAACACGACGCGCCGAUAUUGAUCUUAUCUUCAUAGUCCCCUCUCGAAAAAGUCAAAAGGAUGACUAAGAAGGCUCGUUUCUUUCGUAACUUUAAUAUCAUUGCACUGCAUUCCGAGACAAAAACAGCUCGUUAUUUCAUCGUUGAUCUCACGUGGCGGACUGAAUCUAGUGCUAAAGUCGAAUCCGAUCUGACUGAGAUAAGCAAGUAUUUUAAUACAAUUUUCACUAUUUUAAGAGGUUGGUCCGUAUGUAAACGAAAAUAAAGUUACCUUCAUCUUUUG